AUGAAUAGGGUAAAGGGCGAUUUAAAUCAUAAGACAGAAUCAUAUUACUGGACUGAUUCUGAAAUUGUACUCUACUGGAUUAAUUCAUUGCCAGCAAAACAUCAACAAUUUGUAGCAAACAGGACUGCGGCAAUUCAAGACUUAUCCGCACCAAGUCAGUGGCGAAAUGUAAGUUCAAGACUAAAUCCAGCAGAUGCCUUCUCACGCGGCAUCAAACCAUCUCAAUUGCAAACUCAUAAUUUAUGGUUCUAUGGUCCUAUGUUUUUACAUGGUCGUGAAGAUAUGUGGCCAGAAGAAUUCAAUAAGGCCCUAUGCAAUCAGCCAGACAACGCCGAGUUAAAAAAAACUUCGCAGAAAAUGAUGCUAACAGCAACCGAAGAUGAUACUGAAUGGAUAUACAAGGUAAACCACAGAAAUUCUUUUAACACAUUGCUUCACAUUGUUGGUUAUGUGCUACGGUUCAUAAGGCGUAGUAAGCGACUUCAAUUUAAUAAUCAUACCAAUGAAUUACAUCCGGAAGAGUUAGAAGAAUCACUUAGGUUCAUCGUGAAAUGCAUUCAGGCUACUGAAUUCAAGGAAGAGGUAAUUGAUUUAAAGCAUCGCAAACUGGUGAAAGCAUCUAGCUCGUUAGCUGCAUUGACUCCGUUUUUAGAUAAAUAUGAUAUCGUUCGGGUCGGAGGAAGAUUAGACGCAUCAAAUCUAACAUAUAAUGCUAAACAUCAAAUGCUCCUCCCAUACAAUGACUGCAUAGUUAAGCUAUUAAUGAAGAAAAUUCACGAAGAAAACAUGCAUUGCGGUGGCCAAGCAUUAUUGGCAGCGACACGGCAAAAAUUUUGGCCGAUCAAGGGGAAGGUAAUGGCACGGUCCAUCGUGCAACACUGUAUUCGUUGUACAAGGUGUAGACCUGUAACUUUCAAUCAAAUUAUGGGAAAUCUUCCACAAGCUCGAAUCCAUCCAAGUAGACCAUUUCUUAACACGGGAGUCGAUUUUUGUGGACCAAUUUGGGUACACUACAAAGUAAGAGGAAAGCGGCCGCACAAGGCAUAUAUUGCUGUUUUCUGUUGUUUUGGCACCAAGGCAGUACAUUUGGAGCUGGUAAGUGACCUAACUACCGACGCAUUUAUUGGAUCAGUUAAACGUUUUGUUGCGAGGCGUGGGCUUUGCCAAAAUCUAUUUUGUGACAAUGCAACUAAUUUUGUUGGAGCCAAUAACAAACUGAAUGAACUAGUAGAACUAAUUUACUCAAAAAAAUCAGGAGAAGUAAUUGAAAGAGCGUGCAGCAAAAAAGGUAUUAAAUUUAACUUCAUUCCUCCUCGUACGCCUCACUUCGGAGGACUCUGGGAAGCAGCAGUGAAGUCGGCGAAACAUUUACUUGUGCGCAGCGUUGCCACAGAAUCCUUAACGUACGAAGAGUUAGAAACAGUUGUUAUUGAAAUAGAGGCGAUUUUAAAUUCAAGACCGAUUACUCCAAUGUCGAAUGAUCCAAAUGACUUUGAAGCACUUACGCCAGGCCACUUUCUAAUUGGUGAAGCUCUUACAGCACCAGCAAGUACAACCACAACAAAUUUAAAGACAUCAUUACUAACGAGGUGGAAAUUGGUGUCCCACAUAAAACAUGAAUUCUGGAGACGGUGGAACUCUGAAUAUCUAAAUGAGCUACAAUACCGACGUAAAUGGCGAGAAGAAUGCAAAAAUUUGCAAGAAAACACUUUAGUCAUCAUGAAGGAUGGAAAUUUACCUCCUCUUCAGUGGGCAUUGGGUCGAGUAACCAAUAUACAUAAGGGUACUGACGGAAUGGUACGUGUGGUCGAUGUUAAAACAGCAUCAGGUAUUGUGAGACGUGCCAUACAUAAUUUGGCUCCACUUUUUUCUGAAACCAACGACAGUGAAGAUGACAAGAUACCACCAAUACAACCAAAAGAAGCAACAAAGCAACAAGUGACAGCAUCAAAAAGGCCUAUACAGGUACCAAAUUCAUCGGUUAGUAGUAUCAAUCAUUUCGGACGCAAUUCGAAGGUAUCCAAACGAUCGAGCAACUGCUGA